AUGCGGUCUAGCCUGCUAUUCCUGUGCUGCUUCUUUUUCAUCUCUACUUUUGGGGACCCGAUAAGGACUAAAAAGGAAGCUCCGUUGAGUCCACCUCCAAGCCAAUAUAGUCCACCAGCAACCUCUUAUGGAGUUCCAAAUGUAGGAGGCUCUUACAAUGCACCAUCUGAUUCCUAUGGUGCUCCACAACCAUCUUCUUCCUAUGGUGCACCAUCUUCUUCCUAUAACGCCCCUUCCUCUUCUUAUGGCGCUCCAUCGGGACCAUCAUCUAGUUAUGGUGCCCCCUCAGGUUCAUCCUCUUCCCAUGGAGCUCACGGCGCACCAUUAUCCAGUUAUGGUGCCCCAUCAGGUCCAUCGUCUUCCUAUGGUGCACCAUCAUCUAGUUAUGGCGCCCCCUCGGGUCCAUCCUCUUCCUACGGUGCUCCAUCAGACCACGGUUCUUUUGGUGGCGAUCAAGGAUAUAGCAGUGGUGGUUCCUUCGGCGAUGAUCAUGGCGGAUCCUAUGGUGGAGGUGGAGGUGGAGGUGGAGGUGGAGGUGGAGGAGAUCAUGGCUCCUUUGGCGGUGGACAUGGAUCCUUUGGAGGUGGACAUGGAUCCGUUGGAGGGGGACAUGGAUCUUUCGGAGGUGGGCAUGGAUCAUUUGGGGGCGACCAAGGACUUGGAGGAGAUCAUCAUGGUGGCGGUGGUGGUGGAUUAUCUACAUCCUAUGGUGCUCCAGCUCAGUCUUAUGGUCCUCCAGCCCAAUCCUACGGACCACCGGCUCAACCACAAGGAAGAUGGGAAAAAAAAUUAACAUGGAAAGCGGAAUGGAAACAGAUUUGGAAAACAGAGCAAAAACUAAUCUGGAAACAAGAAUGGAAGAAAAUUCAGGUACCUGUAUGGAAGGAAAUCCAAGUACCAGCCUGGAAGGAAAUAAAAGUACCAGCUUGGAAAAAGGUUCAGAAGCCUAUCUGGAAAGAGAUCCAGGUCCCAGUGUGGAAAGAAGUUCAAGUACCUGCAUGGAAAAAGGUUUGGAAGCCCGUGUGGAAGGAAAUACAGGUCCCUAUAUGGAAAGAGGUACAGGUACCAGACUGGAAAAAAAUCUGGGUUCCCGAAUGGGUGAAGAUUGGUAUCCCUGGUGAACAGUAUGUUGGUAAAGACCAUCAUGGUUGGCAGUAUACCAGUCACGACCUUUGGAAGAAGAAACUAAUUUGGAAACCGGUGUGGAAAAAAAUCUGGAGAACAGAAAAAAAGCAAGCUUGGGUCAACGAAAAGAAGCUAGAAUGGAAGGCUGAGUGGAAACAGAUCUGGAAAACAGAGAAAAAACAAGUCUGGGUUAGCGACAAGAAAUUAGUUUGGAAGGAGGAAUCGGUUCAGGUUUGGAUACCAGAGAAGAAACAAAUUUGGGUCACGCAAAAGAAACAGGUAUGGAAAGAUGAAUGGAAAAGCAAAUGGGUGCCAGUUUGGAAGGAUGUGCAGGUACCAGCGUGGAAGAAGGUAUGGAAGCCUGUUUGGGAGAAAGUUUGGGUACAGGUCGAGCCCCACCACGAUGAACAUCAUGGAUACAAGUAA